UCGAGGAAACCACUAAACAAGAUGCAGAUGGGCGAUUCAUUGUGGAAAUUCCAUUUAAAGACGACAUGGAGCUGGGUGACUCUCGUAAACAGGCAAUUGCUCGGCUGCUAUCCAUGGAAGCCAAGUUCAAACAGAGUGGAAAGCUUGGCAAUGAUUACAAGGAAUUCAUUCACGAAUACCAAAACCUUGGGCAUAUGAUAAAAGCAAACGAGAAGGUAAAUGGAAAAUACUAUUUGCCACACCAGGCUGUUAUACGCGAGAAUAAAUUAACUACAAAACUUCGUGUUGUGUUUGAUGCGUCAGCCAAAACUUCAAAUGGAAAGUGCUUAAACGAUAUCAUGUUGACAGGACCCAAACUUCAAAGGGAUGUGUUUGAUAUUAUUCUCAAGUGGAGACUAUGGAAAGUGGUAAUCACAGCUGAUGUUGAAAAAAUGUUCCGGCAAAUUAAAAUUUCGGAAAAAGAUAGAGUGUAUCAUCGAAUUUUGUGGCGGGAACAUCCUUCAAAUAAAAUAGAGGAAUACGAGUUGACGACAGUGACAUAUGGUACCGCUUCAGCACCAUAUUUAGCAGUGCGCACAUUAAUUGAAAUUGCCAACAAGUGCUCAAGUAAAAACAAUUGGCUACAAAAAAUCAUAAAGGAAGAUUUUUAUAUGGAUGAUCUCAUGACUGGUGGAGAUUCGGUGAAUCAAU